AUGAAGGAUGCCGAACGGGAGAAGGAGCAGAAGCCUACCGCCAAGCCGUGGGUUUCUCCCAUGGGCGGGGCUCCAGUAGUAUGUUGGUAGGCGUGGCACAAAAUAGUUUGAUUUUCUCAUCCACUCUCGAAAAUUGAUCUCUUUCUCCGUGAAAAUCGAAAGUGGCCAAGAUGAUAAUUUUUGGAUGACGUCAGAAUGUCAAAAUACUUUAUUCUGGAUAAGUACAGCUCCAUCUGUGGGAAUUUUCAUGAAAAGGUAUCUUUUUUCCAGGGAAAUUUUUCAUGCGCAUCAUUUAAUGUGGUCUGUUCAAAGAACAUAAAAAAAGAGCGAACGUCUGCAAUUGCAAAAUGGGAUCGCGACAUAUUGCAACAUAUUCGUUCAGCAAUUUCCGUAAAUGAAGGGACGGCCUCUCUUUUUCGGCUUGUUUAUGGGGUUGCUAACCAGCUUAGUCUUUUGAUACAAGCCGAAGCUUUGUGUUUCUGGUGUUGAAGUCUGUGUUUAGAAGAUGCCCAGUGUUUAAUAACCUCGCAAGACAUUUGCAAGAAAUUUCUCAUAUUUUUUCGAAAAACGACAUUUAAUGCAAAGAAUGACGUUUUCCGUACGAAUUCGAUGUAAGCUGAAUUAUCUCCUAGUCCAAAGGAGUUAGCGUAGCAUACAAAUUCUAAUUCCUAGAUCUUCUCAAUCUCGAAAAACUGCUGCAAGGGAAGCUGACCGCUUUUGAUCGCACAAUUGCAGUUGGUUUUCCAGUUAUGCUAAAAUGGGAAACUGGAAUCGAGAAAAUCUUUGUACCUGAGGAACAUAACAACAUGGUUGCAGGUAGCAUUUAAUGCCAGCACGCUCAAAAUCUAAAUUUGUCGACAGUAAUUUUUCUCCCGAUGCCUUUUUGUGUGGAGGAAACUCUACAACGCCAACCGAUUUUCUACUUUCAGCCUCGCAUCUGGGAGAAGACUCUCAAGGUAUCCAAGAAAAAGAAGGAUAUCAAACGAGCAUCGUAAGAUUAAGCAGAUUCUUUUGCGAGAUAAUCAAAAGAGGUUCGGUGAUUUCGAAUCAUCCGUCAAACAAAACAAUCAAAGACCUGAAACAAACAUAAACGGAUGUAAGAGGACGCAUGGCGCUUGUUUCAGAAGAACUAGCGCUAGGGCCGGCAAAUUAGUUCGCCCUCGGCGAUCGACAAUUUUCCGUGUGUCUCAAAAGAACGAAUCCCUGCUCUUAAUCAUAUUGUCACCAGAGGAUCCAGUGUGAACGAGGAGAAACUCAGCACUUUGCAACUUCGCAACAGUUAG